UCAAGUGUCAACUGUCAAAUUUGAAUUUUGAAUUUCCAAAAUAUGAGAAUAACCUUAAAUUAUAUUGGGUCUUUAAAUUCGAAUAAUAAAUAAUGUUCGAAUUGUUUAUCAAGAUUUAAAUGAUGUUUUCCGAGUGAAUCGUAAUAAUUACUAACGCCACUCGAGAUGGGUGGGCUCGUUUCAAAAGCGCUGCGACCGAUAAAGAGUUAUAAUAUUGAAAAUCGAGCUCACCGGGUGAUAUCCAAAGAAAAACCAACCGUAGCUCCCAGUUAUCCGUCUACGAUUGAGGAGUUGAAGAGGGUGCAAGAAGUGGAACCCGACAUCGAUGUGAAACUUAAUAAAAAGGAUAUUAAGCUUGACGAAAGAUUGAAAGAUGUUUAUGUAACCUCACACGGUCGCCCAGAAGACGACGUGACCAAAGAGAAGCAAGAGCAAAGCAAGAAACGUGCUCUACCACAGGACCGUAAGGCUUUGCCGGAUUUCGACUUUGGAUUGAAGGAACCUGAAAAGGUUCCCUAUGGUAGAACAACUUUACGACAAGCAAUAGAUUAUAUAUCUGCACAUCAAAUUAAUCCUGAGGAGGUUACGGCUGCUAAAAUUGCUUUCGAAUACAAGUUAAAAGUGGAAGAUGUAGAGAAUAUACUCAAAUACUUUAAAACAUAUGAAGUAUACAUACCAGAGACUAAAACAGCACCAGCUACUUUUGCAGGGCCUACAGAGCUAAGGAGACAAUUAUACAAUUCUAAUGUUAAGCAAAUAGAUGGCAAAAAGAAUGUAGUUGAUGAAAAUAAGCAAGCACAAAUGAAGAAUACAUAAAGAUUGUAUAAAAUUAUUUAAUUUAAAAUUAUUACCUCUUUAAAAAUAAAAUAAAAUUACCUCCUUGGUGUCAUAAUGGAUAAAUAAUUAAUAGUAAUAAAAUGAACUUCACACUUAUUGUUUGUCAGGCUAUUAAUUAUAUCAUAAUAUAACAAGCUUUGAAUGUAGUGUCGCUUUGCCUGGAUUGCAUUUAGCAUUAUAGUUUAGACAGGCAAGCCAAAGAGAAUGAAAUUAAUAAACUAGAGAUUUUCCUUAUUCCAUAUUUUGUAUUCUAUUCAUAUAAUUAAUUAAUUACCAUUUUAAAUCAUCAAGCUUUAGACUUAAAAAAUGCAGGUCACUAAUUUAGUAGAUGUCUUUUUUCAUAUUGGUCUCAAAAUUCCUUUUAGUAUUCUUAUAAUAUAAAUGUAAAAUUUAGUUUCCUUACUGUUACAAAAAUAGAAAUGUUUCCAUUUAAUUAUACUAUGUAGUAUGUCAAUAUGAAUUUAAUGUAUGUAAAUAAGAUUAUUUAAUUUAUACAUCUACUUGUAUGUAAUUAAAUUAUUAAUUUGUUAAAUCUCAGGUUCAAUGGUAGCCCAUUUGAAAAAAGGUUGUCAGGACUAAGGUGGUUAAAUAUAUUGUUCUUUUAUAGAUUAGCUUAGCAAAUUUUAAUAUUUGUUUCAAUAAUGUGAUUUAGAUGUAGUUAGUAAAUAAAACUCUUUGUUUUGUUCA